CUAACCUCCUGGGACAUGCAGCCUCGCCACAGCUGCUGUUGCUCGCUGCCAACGAACAGUGUCGUCAAAGCACAUCUUGGAAGACGGUUAUUAUAAUACUACUAGUGUCCUAAUGAGCCUGCGUCUCCGUUACCCCACAUACUGGUCAAAGGUUCAGGGCUCAAAACCAGGGAUUGAUUUCCCCGGGCACAGGGACACGGCCGCACAGUGCUCGCACAGAGGCCUAGCUUGACCGUUGCUGCAGGCUUGCAGACUUCUCCGGUUCUGGCUCUUGCACCCGUGGCCGCUUCCAGUCUUCUCGCUUGUCCUGUCCCUGUCCGGACUGAGAGAUUCUAGCUAGGAUCGUCCCCAGAGGAGAUUGAAGUUCUAGCGAGGAUCGUUCAUCAAAGGGGGAAUCAAUCUGAGCAACACAAUCUCUUUCUCCCGCUGUCUGCUUCACCGAGCUCCCUCCCACACUAGAGUGCAGCGUGUCACCUCACUGUAUCCUCGCCGGAAGGGAAGAAGAAGAAGAAGAUGGACGGCGACGGCGACAUGAUCCCGUCUUCGCCCUCCGUGGAGACAUCGCCCUCCUCGUCCGAUGUCGCCACCGAGUCCACGGGGUCGUUCUUUCGGGACCGGAGCACGACGCUGGGGACGCUGAUGGGCGUGUCCCUCGCCGACGAUGAGCCGGGGCAGGCGCAGGACCACCAGCCGGGGCGGGAUGCAGGGGAUCGGACGGGGACGCCGCGCGCACCGGCGCACGAGGAGGAAGGGUGGAGGUGGCGCCGCAGGUGGAGGCGCCGGCGCUGGCGCAGCGCCGGCGGCGGCUGGUGGAGGCUGUGCAGGGACGACGCCCGCGCGCCCACGUCGCUGGGCCACUUCCUGGACAUGGAGAGGCAGCUCACCGGCGCCGGGCUGCUGUGCGGCGACGGCGCGGGGGAGAGGGACGCGGCCGCGGCCUCGCCCGUGUCCGAGAACGACGGCAGGGUGCGGCCGUUGGCGGCGGGUGGUGCAGCGGGGGAGGAAAGCGGGGGGUGGAAGCUGCGGAGGCCGGCGCAGUCGACCUCGUCGUCAUCCCUGGCGAGGCUGCCGGUGCUGCUCACCGCCAUCUGCAGCGGUGGAGCCGCAUGAUCGGCGCGGCUGCCGGCCGGGGUGGAGAAUGGUUCAUGGGAUGGGUGAAAUCCGCAAUUUUGUCACUUGUUCAGUUAUUUAUCAUGUGUUAUUUGUCCCUUUCCGUUUGUAAUCCAAGUCAAAUUGGGCGGCGUCGAACACCUGAUGUUAUCCUGGGAGGGCAUCUGAAUUUUCGAUGACCGA